AUGAGUAAGGAACAAGUAAAAACAAAUGAACCGUCAUCAUUGGUUCAACAAGUCGAUUCCAACAGAGGCUGGCUGCAAUGGGGGACUGCGUCGUUAAAAAAAGUGGCCGAAGUAGAAGGCCGGCUUUUCAAAACAUUUGGUGUCAAUAUCUUAUCAAAAUUUGUCCCGAUUCGUUUCCAUCAUAGUGAGAUGUAUACCAUCACUACAAACCCUGAUGAAGAGAAAAAAAGUGAAAUUCCUAUUGUGUUGAUGCACGGGUUUGGCGCAGGAGUAGCCAUAUGGUGCGCCAAUCUCAAAGCAUUAGCUAAAAAUCACACAGUUCAUGCUUUCGAUCUAUUAGGUUUUGGACGAUCUUCCAGACCGAAAUUCAGCAGUGACCCUGCUAUUUCGGAGCUCGAAAUGGUGGAGUCAAUUGAAGACUGGAGAAAAGCUAUGGGGAUUGAGAAAAUGUAUCUUGUCGCACAUUCAUUUGGAGCAUAUCUAGCGACAUCGUAUACGCUAGAACAUCCUAAUAGAGUGAAACAUCUCAUUCUAGUUGACCCGUGGGGAUUCCCGGAUAGACAAUUACCUAAUGACAAACAGAUAACACCAUACCCUUGGAUGAACAUGGUUGCUCGCGUCCUCUCAAACUUCAACCCACUAGCUACUUUACGAAUUGCGGGACCUUAUGGUCCCUCAAUGGUGAAGAAGCUUAGACCCGACUUGCAGCUGAGAUACAAAAGUGAAAACCCUGAUGAUAUAUAUGAUUAUAUUUAUCAUUGCAAUGCACUAACUCCAUCUGGAGAAACAGCUUUCAGACAGAUGACAUUGCAAUUGGGUUGGGCAAAACGACCCAUGAUUCGACGUUUCCAUGGGAUCGCAGCUAACGUACCUAUAACGUUUAUUUAUGGCAGCAGAAGUUGGAUUGAUCCUGGUCCUGCUUUUGACAUCCAAUCUGAAAGAGUCGAUGUUGAUGUUCAGAUCAUUCGUGGCGCUGGUCAUCAUGUGUAUGCAGAUGCUGCUGAAGCCUUCAAUGAUGUUCUUGUUAUGGUACAAACCAUUAAAAAGGAGGUUUUUCUAAAAAGGGCUAAGAAGCUUUAUGAAGGAUGGACAGCAGGAAAAUAUGGACUUACCGAUGUUGAUGCCAUUGUAGUUUCUCUGGGUAAUUAUGGAGAGAAUAAUUAUAACAGAUCCGUAUCGUUUCAUACAUGGUUAUUCACUUAUGAAUUUAUCCAAUCGGUCCUUGUUUUAACGAAGAAAGGUAUUUAUUUCCUCUCCAGUGGUAGAAAAUUAGAAUGCUUCUCUGCAAUACUCUCCGAUACCGCUAACGGAGUUAUUCCUCCCAUCAAAACUUUUUCUAGAAACAAGGAUGAUAAUGACGGUGAGAACUUUGACAAGUUCAUCAAAUUCAUUCAAGAUGAGGGAAAUACCAUCGGACAUUUCGUUAAGGACAAGUUCGAUGGAGAUUUCAUCACCGCAUGGUAUGAGAAGUUGGAUGCUGCUGACUUCCGCAAGGUAGACCUCACAUCUCCUUUCUGUGAGCUAUUCUCUGUAAAAGACGACACUGAAAGAGAUUUAUGUAAAAAAUCUGCACAAUGUGCUAUUAACACAUGGACCUUCACCAAAAAACAAAUAGUAGAAUUCAUAUCGAAGGAAAAGAGGGUAAAGCAUGGAAAGUUCUCCUCUGAUAUUGACGAGUCUGUUGCUAAUGUGAAGGUGCAAGGCCCUUUAGCGGGUAACAAAACCAUAGACACUGCUUUCACUCCAAUUGUUAUGAGCGGUGGAGAUUAUUCUUUCAAAUGGAGCAGGGAAAGUGAUGAGAAAACGAAUAUUCAUUACGGUUGCAUUGUUACUUCACUGGGUCUUCGCUAUGAAUCUUACUGCUCUAAUGUUACACGAACCGUCCUGGUGAAUCCAAACAAAAAAAUUUCUGAGAUGUAUGAGCAUAUGCUUGCCGUUCAAGCAGAACUUGUUGCUGCUCUUAAGCCUGGAGCAAAACUUUGUGAUGUAUAUAACCAAACGGUGAAGUCGAUACAAACCCGUGAUCCAAAGCUUGCUGAGCUACUCGAUCUCAAAGAUUUUGGAUUCUUGACCGGAAUCCAGUUUCGUGAAAGCGCGAUGAUUAUCAAUGCUAAAUGUCAAGAAACUGUAAAGCCUGGUAUGGUUUUCAUAAUAUACCUUGGAGUUAACGGUAUUAAAAAUGUUGAUGCCAAGGAUGAUAGAGGCAAACAAUAUGCCAUCGCUAUUUCUGACACAGUUCUCGUAUCCGAGGAUGGACCGAAUGAAGUUCUUACAGCUGGUGCCAAAUCUCGUUUGAAAUCUAUCUCUAUUAGAUUCCAAGAUGACGAGCAUGAGGAUGCAGGAAAGGGAGAUGAGAACAAAGAGAAUUCUGAACUUCUUACAAGAGGUAAAAGAAGUGUUGUGCUGAACGAUCAAACAAGAAAUAAAACAACAAACGAAGAUAAGCGUAAAGAGCAUCAGAAAUAUUUGAGUAGAAUGCUUAAUGCUAAUGCGAAGAUGAGAUUGGCUGAGCAAAGCGGACAAUCUGACUACAAGAAAGUCAAAAAGUCGAAUACUUCCUACAAAAGCUUCGAGAAGUUCCCUGUAGAUGCCGAGAUCACCAAGCUGAACAUCUACGUUGAUAACCGUCAUGACACUGUUAUUAUGCCCAUUUUCGCAGUUCCAGUACCAUUCCAUAUUUCAAUGAUUAAAAAUUGUUCUCAAUCCGUUGAAGGAGACUUUACAUAUCUGCGUAUUAAUUUUACUCACCCUGGUUCCCAAAUUGGAAAGGAUAAUGCUUUGUUCCCCAACCCGUUAGCUACCUAUUUGAAAGAAUUAACAUAUAGAGCUAGUAAUGUAAGAGAGCCUGGAUCGAGUACGACUCCUUCCCAUAAUCUCAACACAGCAUUCCGCUUGAUCAAGGAAAUCCAGAAAAGAUUCAGAACGGAAGAAGCGGAAGAGCGUGAAAAAGAAGGUGCUGUCAAACAGGAUAAGCUUGUACUUAGUCAAGGAAAACUCAAUCCUAAAAUAAAAGAUCUCUAUGUGCGUCCAGCCAUUAUUGCAAAGCGAAUUUCCGGAAUUAUAGAAGCACAUCAAAAUGGUUUCAGAUAUUCGUCAAUGAGAGGAGACAGAAUUGAUGUUUUAUACAAUAAUAUUAAACACGCGUUUUUCCAACCUUGUGAUAAAGAGAUGAUCAUUCUUAUACAUUUCCAUUUGAAGAAUCCAGUACUUUGGGGCAAAAAGAAAUAUGAAGAUGUUCAAUUCUACACCGAAGUUGGAGAGAUAACUACUGAUCUUGGAAAGUUCCACCAUAUGCAAGAUCGUGAUGAUAUUCAAAGUGAACAGAUGGAACGAGAAAUGAGAAAGAAGCUGAACCUGACUUUCCAAAACUUUUGUGAAAAGGUUGUCAAACAGACAAACGAUCUGUUCGAUUUUGAUACUCCUUUCACUGAGCUUGGAUUCUUUGGUGUUCCACACAGAUCUUCAUGUACAUUAAAACCAACUUCAAGCUGCUUGGUCAAUCUUACUGAAUGGCCUCCAUUCAUUGUUACUCUCGAAGAAAUUGAAGUUGUGCACUUUGAAAGAGUUUCUUUCUCUUUAAAGAACUUUGAUAUGGUUUUCAUUUUCAAAGAUUACACGCGUAAAACGCAGAUGGUUCAACAAAUACCAAUGACAAGUCUCGACAAUGUCAAGGAAUGGCUUAACUCGUGUGAUAUAAGAUACACAGAAGGAAUUCAGUCUUUGAAUUGGCCGAAGAUUAUGAAGGCUAUCGUGGAUGAUCCAGAAACUUUCUUUGAGAAUGGAGGAUGGAGUUUCCUUGACUCAGAAUCUGACAACGAAGCAGAAGAAGAUGAAAGUGAGUCGGAAGAAGCUUACAGUCCCUCUGAAGAAAGUGAUGAAGAUGAAGAAAGCGAUGAAGAUGAAAGUGAAGUAACAUCAGAAGAUGAUGAAGAGGGAUCUCUCGACUCUGAUGAGUCUGAAGGAAAAGACUGGUCUGACUUGGAAGAAGAAGCUGCGAAUGCUGAUCGUAGAAAAGCAGACAACGAGGAAGAAGUCAGUAGGAAAAGGCAUGGAGGAGUAAGACCGUCCGCCCCAUCUGCUAAAAGACGAAAGAAAGCUAAAGUGAAGGGAAAAUGGGUACGCGACAAUGAGAAGAUUGGAAGUGUUUCAAUCGAACAAGCCAAUGAGAUCGCCACGAAACUCACUGGAUCAUGCAUAGAUUUGAAACUACCGCGAUGGUCAGAUCUGUGCACUAACUGGUCGAAAUGCUAUUGGAUGGAUGAGGAUGACGUGGUUACCACAAAAACAGUUUGUCUGUUGUGCAGAACCCCUGUGUUUGAACCUAUGUUUAACACUCACAUGAAAACUUUCCAUCCCUCUGAAGACAAAGAGACUGUGAAGCUAAUCAGUCAUCUACAACAGAUCAGACUUGCACGCUUCUAUGCUACUUCAGCUCUCAAGUUAGCAGAACUGGAAACCUUACUGCCUUCCUUCAAUAUCCAUGUUCUGGUAGAGUUUUUCAGAGAAAUAGGUUUCGUCGUAGAUGAGAUGAAAGAGGAUAAAAACGCGAAAACGCCUACGAGGAAACGAGUUUCUGGGAAAGCACCAUCACUACCACAGUUCAAGCCAGAUUUGGAUGUCUUAGACAAAGUCGACAUGGUUUUCGGAGUAACAGCAGGUGAUGCACAGUUGAUGGCUGAUGUCAUGAACACUGAUUACGAAACAAACAAUGAUCUAUACUAUACAAGAGCUGCCUCAAGGUUCGGGAUAAAAUGUGAUUAUUGUUAUGCUUGUCAUGUGCUCGUGAGACGAGUUAAUAACAGAAACCACAGAAAAACUGCUCAUCAUAAAGUUCAGAAUCUAGGAGAUGAGAACUUAAUACAAGCUAUAUCCCAAAGAUUGACCGAUGGCCGUAUUCUAAAAUAUAGUUGUGCAAAUCCUAUACCAAUGUGGAAGAUACAAGAAAUAUGUCCAAAUAACGAAAAAGAUACAAUAGAAAAAUUGACUCGGUUUCUGAAGGAGCGCGGUUUCAUCAUAGAUAAGUUGAAAGUCAGUAAUGAUGAGGAUGUGGCUUGGCCUUAUAUGGUAGAGAACGUUGGGCAGCUACAGUUUUCUGAGAACGAUGAUGAUAACAAAUCAUCAACAUCAUACAGUUCUUCCAUAAGCUCAACUUCCAGCACCGCAACAGUUUAUGAAAAACCUCCAGUCAGUUAUUUCAUAAUGGAUGGCAUACGAAGACAUGAGAAAGUAAUUGAAAGCAUAUUACAACUGGAGGAACUGUUUGAUCAAACAAACAAUUUAAAUCAAACUCAGUAUGCAUUUUUGUUUGGAUGGGCUUCAUUCAACUUGGUUGUGUCUAACGGAUGUAAACUGUCAGCAUUAUGUAAUUUAAAAGAUCAAGAUUUCGAAAAUCUUCAAAUGAUAAAUGACACUGAACCAUUAGCUUUGAUCAAAUUUGAUGCGCCCAAAACAGGUGAAGGUGGAUAUUUCUCUUCUUGGCUUAUUUUGGAUCGUUUAACGUAUGAUGCCUUCGUUCUUUAUCGUAAAGUGAGAGACAGAAUAAUAAGUGAAAGAGGGGGCCGAGCUCAUGGUUUUUUCUUUGUAUCUUAUUUACUGAAACAUCUUGAAGCCCGAGAUGCUGAUUAUCCGAUCAAUCAGUUCUUGCGGAUGUGUGGAAUAGAAUGGACGUUCAGAGCUAAACAUUUAGUUAGUGCUGUAAAUGAGCUGAUAGUUCGAAUAGCUGAAAAGAAUAGUCCAGACUACGCUUUACAUUUUUAUAAGCAACUCAAGGUUCGAUCUCAAAAGCAGAAAGAAGUAAUGGAAUGCGUAGAACCUCAUCCUCUCUUAGUAAAUUUAAAAGUUGUUGUGCAAAAGAAAGUUCGAAAAGAUAAGAUAAUCACAGAAAAAGACUCCGACACCGAAUCACCCCGGAUGGUGAAGCGCCCUCGAUUAGAAGAAGAUGAAGUUUCUGAAUUUUUAAUAAAGAAAUCUGAAGUUUUAGAAACGAAUGAGUCUGAAUUAAAUGAAAAAAUGACUAGCCGUCAUGCUGAAAUGGAUCAUCAAUUGACUCCAGAAAGAGGGUUGUAUGCUUACGCCACUACUCCACCUUAUUUAAGUACACAAGGUAUGACGGACAGAGAAGUAACGCAUGUGGAUGACAUUUAUAAUCAAAAAGUUUCAAGCCCAUACACAGGUUUUACAGAAGAAGUUCAAGAUGUGCAUCUUCUUCAACGUAUUCCGGAGACUUGUGAAGUUUUAACCAAAAAAGAACAUGAACAAGUUGAUAUGCUCUGUAAGAAUCUCCCAAGUCCGUAUGAAGAUUUUACAGAACAAGAUGUUCAACAUGUAAAUAUGAUGUGCCAUUCCGAUUUAUUGAAGCCAUUUGAUGUUCCACAAGAGAAUGUAAUACUUGAGCCAUGCUGCAACACAAUGUUUUCAUCUCGCGCAGCUUUCGAUUGUAUUAAUGAACUGGAGUUCACAGAUCUUUAA